CGUAUGAUGUGUGACGAACCCGGAAAUAAAAGUAAACAACGCUCAGAAUGACGAAAACGUUAUGUAGCGUUAGUCUCCUUUUCUCACUUUGAGUCUGUGAUUUCUCCAACUUUAUUGAUAAUGCACGAAGAAUAAGUAUUUCGAUAAGGAUAGGGACUGCGUUUGAGGCAGGCUGAAAACUGAUUUAGCUAUGUUAGCCAUCAGAUCAUCAGAGGAGGAGUCCACUGAGAUGGAGGAGAUGGACACCUCAGAACCCAACUGGUGCUGGUUCUACUUGGCUGAAUGUGGAGUGUGGCAUAUGUUUGAGAUUGAUCCCAGUGCAGCAUGCUCUGUGACCAGUGCUCAAAUUGAGCAAUGCUACAACAGAAACCAACGAGGUGUAAUGGAGUUCUAUACUGCCAAGUAUACAUACAGGCUGGAUUUUUCAGUUAUGCGGCAGAUAAAUGUAACAACGGGGAAGCAACGGCCAAUCAAACGCUCUCUUCAUUCUGCAACUGGCUUCAGGUUCAUUUGUGAUAAUCUUGCCUUGCCUGUUCCCUGUCACUGGGAAAGAAUUAAUACUGAUGAGCCCUAUCAGCUCAUCCAGCUUGGUAGAGACACCUAUGAGUUCAAAGAAGUAGCCAGACUUUAUGAACGGACCAUGGAUCAUCCAGUCAAAUCUAUACAGCGGAUUCAGAACCUGGAUUUGUGGGAGUUCUUCUGCAGGAAGAAAACUCAAUUGCGAAAAGUGAAGCGCACGCUGGAUAUUGAGGAGCGAAUGCUGUUUCAUGGCACAGGACACAGCAAUAUACAAGCUAUAUGUACAUUUAACUUUGACUGGCGACUGACUGGAAGCCAUGGCGAUGUCUAUGGCAAAGGAAGCUACUUUGCCAGGGAUGCCAAAUACUCCAGUAAAUUCUGUCACACCACUGGGAAGCACAACACCACCUUACAGAGACAUGGACUUGCCCCGCCUAUAUUUGCCAGUGAACCGCCGUAUAAGACAAUGUUCCUGGCCAGAGUGCUCGUUGGAGAAUAUACUGUUGGUCAUCCUAUGUACUGCAGACCCCCCUCUAAGGAUGCCAGCUUCACCAACUUUUACGACAGCUGUGUGGAUGAUAUGGCCAAUCCAAAGAUUUAUGUGAUAUUUGACAGUAAUCAGAUUUACCCUGAAUAUCUAAUAGAGUUCUACUGAUUCCUCAUCAAAGUAGUGAUGUACUCCUUUUUUUCUAGGCCGGAAAUGGAAAUAUUUAGCAUCAUCAUCAUUUGACAGGAAAAAAAUUGGAAAAAAGAAGCAUUGAAAGGGGCCUUUGUUUUGCUGUUCACUUCAGUCCAGUGCCUAACUGGAGCAUGGGUCAUCAUCUAAAGUGCCUUUGGGGAAUGUGGAAGACCAUGAAUAAGACUUGUGUACAUUAUACUGCACAGUCUAAGACGGGACUUGUAGUUAGAAUGUUUUUGGGACAUAAAUGAUCUGCUUUCCCUUGUAUCAGUCUUUGUGGCAGUUUUGUAUUUAAUGCAAAUUCUGUGCUUGCUUUGUCAGUGUCAGUGCACACUUUAAAGUAAAAGUGGCACUAGGAGUCUGUAGAUUGCAGGAAAUGUCCUGCCAUUGGCCACAUGAUGACCUUUACAUUUAAUGUGCCAUGCUUGGGCUUGUUCAUGUAGACGUAUGGUAGUUACAAUAGAUAAAACCAAAAACCACAACAUGUUCCUGCUUAGCUGCUUAGCACCAUGCUAGUUAGUGGCAUAAAUAUCUGUCUGUACCUAGUACAAUGUGUUAUGGAAACAUAGAAUUUUUUGUUUUUUAUUUAAAAAAAAAAAAAAAAACGCUUCUACCUCUGCAUUUUUUUAACCAUGCAUUAGUGCACUUUACUCCUUUCUAUGAAAGGGUUUGUAACUGUGUCACAAUGACACAAAGUUGUGAUGUCUUGUUAUCUCGUGGUUGUUGAGCAAUAUGUUUCUGUGUAUCUUUACUUACUUUACAGUGACUUAACUCUUCAAAAAAUACUUGACAAUGACUGAAGUUACAUUUUGUAUCACUUUGCAACAAAAUCCAUCAGAUGCCAAAAUAAAAUCCCCACCUGCUGUCAUAUUUCUUAAAUGAACACCCAGGUUCUCUUGGGACCUGCUGUGAGUUCACCAGAAAAUAGAGAAUGUAGCCAGCACAUGUACAGUACUGUAAUCAAAAUAAAUCACUAAAAGAAAAACUGUGUCGGUAUGUUGAAAUGGUUGAAUGAGUGUUUUGUGAAGUUCAAAGAAAAGAAUUCAGUUUUACAUUUUGCCACCAGGUGGUGGAACAGCACAAGGGAACACCAGCGUCUUGUGCUUUUUCUGAGAAGGCACAAUUGGAAUUUGAGGGAAAAAAAACUUGAAGUUACUUCUGCCAUGUCUAUGUGAUCCUGAGAGAUACAUGUCCCAACUACAACAUACACUAUGUAAUUAACUGUUCAACAAGCUUUUGUUAUUCAUCACAGAACUAUUACUGAGGGUUGUGCCUGCAUGUUGAAUGAGAAAGGCCAACCCACCCCAGAGGUGUGGCUAUGAGUAGGAGUGAUUUUAUGUAAGUCAUCAAGUGAUUCCCUUGUAAUAGAUACCUAAGCAUAUCAGCCAACCUAUACUUCAGUUUAUAGCAGUUAUUAUAGUGUAAUUUAUUGAAUGUCAGACUCUGUAUCGACACUGUGGUGUAAUAAUGAAGUGGAGUACAUGGACACAUCUGACUUCCCAUGGAGCUGGUAUUAUCUGGAAGACUGUGGAAGGUGGCACAGAUUUGAGGUAAACUGCACUGAGUAUUUAUCAAUUACAAGCAAAAAGUCAGACAAAGCUGUAUGUACUGGUAACUUCUUGCUUUCUGUCAAUUAUACAGGAUGACCCAGACAACCCUCUUGAGAGUGAGGACAUUGAAAGAUAUUACUUAAUAAACUCAAAAGGGACUCUAAAUGUAUCUUCAUUCAACUGUCACAUCUGUAUUGAUUUCUCAGGUAUUUAUUAUAGGCUCCAUUAAUUUUGUUUCCAGAAAGUCCUUAUUUACUGUAGGGUAAUAAGUCGAGUUAACUUAUGUUCUUGUACAGCCAUGUUACAGAUUAAAACUGACACAGGAAGGCAAAGAAGAAUCCAAAGAAGCUACAAUGUUGAGAGAAGGUGAAAUGAAGAUCAUAAUAUAUACUCUGUAUAACAUAUUAUUACAUGUAGUUCAUAUUUAAAAGGGAGUUGAAGUUAUGUCAGUCUUGAGUGUGGUUUUCUGUGAAAUGAAAGUGAAACUGAUGAACAUGUCAUAGCUGUUCCUGCUUCAGCGCCGCACCUGUGUUCUGGGAAACAGUGGAUCCCAAACAUCCAUAUCAGUUAAUCCUUCUGAAUGAAGCCAGUCCCGAGUAUCAAACUGUUGCACAUUAUGUGAAAGGGGAAGGGCUGUUAGACAGAUCCAUUAUAUCCAUAAAUAGGAUCCAGAAUUUGGACCUUUGGGAGAUUUAUUGUAGG